GAGCCGGCGGGGUUCGGAGGCGGAGCCGCCGCAUGUGGGGCGCCGGGGGGGAGCCGAUGGCGGGGGCUCUGCAGCAGGUCUCCGGCCUGUACCGGGGGGCGCUGGCGCUGCGCAGCCGGGCCGUGCUGCGGCCCCUGGGCCUGCUCUCCCCGCCGGCCCGGCUGCUGGCGGUGCCGCGGCGCCCGGCCGCGGGGGGCGAGCCCGGCCUGGAGGAGAACCCCUUCUACGGGCGGUACCGGGACAAGAUCCAGGCGCUGCGCAGAUCCAAUCCAGGUGUUUUUGAAUCCCGCAUGGAGAAACGAAGUGAAGUGAAAAAGCAGCCAGUGGGACAUUCCAAGCAAAUGGAAUUUAUCAGAUAUAUGGAAGAAAAGGCAGAAGCCUUGGGCACAAAGGCAUCAAAGGAAGGAUUCACAAAAGAUAAGACACUUGAUUCAAUACUUAAUGUUGAAAUGGUGAAAGAGAAAACACCAGAGGAAAUUAAACAGAUCUGGAAGCAGUAUUUUUCUGCAAAAAAUACAGUUUAUGCGGUUAUUCCUGCAGAGAAGUUCGAUGUAAUGUGGAAGCGGGCCCAGAAUUGUCCAUCAUUCCUGUGUGCUUUGCCAAGGAAAGAAGGCUAUGAGUUUUUUGUGGGGCAGUGGUCAGGGACAGAACUGCACUUCACCGCGCUUAUAAACAUUCAGACCCGAGGUGAAACUGCCUCUAGCCAGUUGAUCUUGUACCAUUAUCCUGAACUUCAGAAGGAAAAGGGAAUAGUGCUAAUGACAGCUGAAAUGGACUCCAGUUUCCUGAAUGUCCCCGAAGCUCAGUGCAUAGCCAAUCAGGUGCAGCUUUUCUAUGCGACAGAUCGUCCAGAGACCUAUGGAUUAGUGGAGACCUUCAACCACAGACCUAAUGAGUUUAAGUACAUGGCCGUUAUAGCAGAGCUUGAGCAGAGUGGACUUGGAAGAGAACUGAGACCUCGAUGGGACCCUGAUAAAGCAUAAAGUGUCUGAUUUGCACAGCAUCUGGGCCAGAUGCAACUGAAAUUACUCAUUGGAAAGGGUCCUUGACACAGGAGUUUUUUUAAUUGGGGGCAAACUCCACUUUUUAUAUGGGGCCUGUUUGCUCCAGAGUUGGGCUGGACAGAAGAAAGAUUCAGGGAGUGAUAUUCACCCCUGACUAUUUUGUAUCGGUGCAAGGAAAUUUGGCAGCCUAACUAGGGCCGAAUGGGAACGACGCACCUUAACACCAACUCAUCAAAACAACUCUUUCAAUAUCUAGUGCCUGAGUGCUUUAUUCCUUUGGAAAUGAUCAAUCAAAUGAGAGAAGAGAGGUUACUUGCGGGAAUAUGUCAGCCACUGGGGGGAGAGAGAGAGAGAGAACAAAGGAUGGUUGUGUUCAGUAAAAGCUAUUUGGAAGUUGCCCUCCACUAUAACUGCACGGGUCAGUGAUUUUUAUCUUGUAUGAAGAUUAUAAAUUCCCCGCUUUCAUCCAGCCGUGAAAAGAUAAUGCAGUUGAUGAUCCAAGACAGGCUCCUCUUUGUUGAUUAAUGUGUGGGAUUCCCUACAUAAGAUGCAUGCUUUGCUUUCUAUGCUAGUGCAGCUGAGGACAAAAAACACUCAGCUGACUUAGAUUUGGCUCUGGGAAUGUCAAGUUUUUUAAUUGAGACAUGAACUUCAUUCAGGUGCCCAGCUGUUAGGUGACUGUAUUGGAGAUCAUUUCACCGAUGACAGGAUGUGAUAAAUGGGGUUUUCUUUUUGCAUAUUGGGCUUUCUAAAGUGGUCCAGCAGAUAAUUAAAUUGUUUUAGAGAUCAUACUAGUUCAUUUUCAGAUAUCGUCUAGACAGCCAGCUCUUAAACAUGUCAGCAUUUGAAAGGGGUAAAAUAUAGCUUUCCUUUAUCAUUUGGGAAAGACACUGUAUACAACAUUAAAAAUGGUCGGGAAUAGAGAGCUUUGUAAUUCUGUUCAGGAUUACCAUGGGAUAACUCCUAUGCACUGGAGUGAAUGUAUCACACAUGAUAUAACCGAGCAGCCAUUAAAGUGAGUCUGCCUUAAUAAA